AUGGCAUACCUUCCUACGCAAUACUACAAUGGCAUUUAUAUAGACCGGGUUAACAGCAUCCAUGCUCAAUGCUCCAAACGCCAACAUAAGAAAAAUGGAAUACUCAAAUCCGAUAGAUUUAAGUACAGUGACAAGGCCGGUGUGGUGUUAUGUGAAACGCCAAAAGUAGCCAGUACUACAUGGCAGUUAGCUCUUUUAAAAUUGGACGGAUUUAAACAAGAAAAAAUCGAAUUGCUGAUGAAAAAGUGGGCUUAUCAACCUAUACCCAACCAGUUACUGUCACAAGUCGGAACCGAAAACGAUGCUGAAGAUAUUUUUCGAAAGUAUUUUUCUGUGAUGAUUACCAGGCACCCAUUCGAAAGGCUGGUGUCAGCCUAUAGGAACAAACUUUCAAGUGCUGCCGAUUACCCGUAUUAUCGGGAUACUGUUGGAAAACAGAUAGCAAGGUCUCAAGCUGCAGAAUAUUUACACGGUGUGAGUUUAGGUUUAGUAACUUGGAUACCCCAAUACUUUAUGAAAAAGACAUGGCAGUUUCAAAGAUUAAGCAACGACCAACAACGUGAGGUUAUUGAAUACACAAAAGUGUUAAACAACGGCAACGUUUCGUUUGAACAGUUUAUCAAGUUUAUCAAUAACUACGCUAAAAGGAUGAAUGUAAAAGACAUGGACAUACAUUGGAGACCACAGACCGAUAUGUGUCUGCCGUGUAACGUCAACUACACUUAUGUGAUUCGGUUUGAAAACUUGGUAGCGGAGUCAAACCAAGUUUUGAGUUGGAUUCAAAAUGACCGACCAAUUGACAGUCCACGGGUAAAUAUAACAGGCGGUCAACCCCCACCGGUUAAAAACUCGAGGACCAUACGUUAUUUUGAGCAAUUAGACGAAACAGAAGUGGAAACACUUCGAAAAAUAUACGCUGAUGAUUUUGCAAUACUGGGAUACGAUCCUUACAAAUAUAAAGGUACAACAAAACAACAGUAA